GCUCAGCCGAAACCGCAUAUCCUCGGGGCUCCAGUCCUGGGAGCCUCCAGGUCUCUGGUGUCGCGCAGGGACACACCCCGGGGGAGGAGCCACCUCUCCUGGCCAGCGCAGACAGACCGCCAGCUCCAGUUCCCUCUCCUCUGCUGCAGCCAGCACACCCAUCCCGGACCGGACCGACAUGGCCCAGGAACGCCCCUCCUGUGCCGUGGAGCCCGAGCACGUCCAGCGCUUGCUACUGUCCUCUCGUGAGGCCAAGAAGUCAGCCUACUGCCCCUACAGUCGCUUCCCUGUAGGAGCUGCCCUGCUCACCGGGGACGGGAGGAUCUUCUCUGGGUGCAACAUAGAAAAUGCCUGCUACCCACUGGGUGUGUGCGCCGAGCGGACUGCCAUCCAGAAGGCCAUCUCGGAAGGGUACAAGGAUUUCAGGGCUAUUGCCAUCUCCAGUGACUUGCAAGAAGAGUUCAUCUCUCCGUGUGGAGCCUGCCGACAAGUCAUGAGAGAGUUUGGCACCGACUGGGCCGUGUACAUGACCAAGCCAGACGGCACGUAUGUAAUCAGGACAGUCCGGGAGCUGCUGCCAGCCUCAUUUGGGCCUGAAGACCUGCAGAAGAUUCACUGAAGGCUAGAGAAUGCCUGCCUGCCUGUGUGGGUCUGGGUUCCCACCUGAGGGACAGGCCUUGGAAGAUUUCAUAGACAUGCUGUCCCUGGCUGGGUCUGGAGACACCUGCCACAUGGGUCCCAAAUGCCUAGGCAAGGGCGACCUUGAUUCCCACACCAGUCUCCCCAAGAGUGAUGGAAGCUGUCACUCAGUCUGGGCCAAAGCCUGAAUCCUCUUGAGGACUCAGGGCACUCCAUCCUCUCCUCUCCCUCUUGCAGGCCCUGGCAUUCCAGGCCUGGCCUGCCUCCCUGCCAGCCUUCCAAGGUUCUUCCAAGUCCUAUUCUGUGUGCCUUUUCUGAUUGUAAACACCACAGAACGUCCUGACUGAAAAGAACGUGUUUUUGCUCUUCAUCCCCAUGUGCAGCUCUCAGGGUGUGGCUCAUCGCGCAGGGCGGUCUUAGCUGUCACCUUCAGUCAGAGGAUGUGGGUGCUUCCCAGUGCACUUCUCCAAGCGGCAUCUGAGGUCAGAGGCUCCUUACCCCUGUGUUCUUGGUCAGGAGACCCUUAGGCAGGGUUUGAUUCCAGGGCUCACUUGCUAUAGUGUGGACAUGGGAUGGAAGCUGGGUCGUUGGGGGUGUCCCUGAAGGAUAUGGAGGUAUGCAGGCGUCUUCCUCCUCCUCGUUUCCUAGCUAUGAGGUGAGCUGGUCUUUACCACACACUCAUAGUGGUGUGCACCUCCCCAGCCAGAGGCUGAAAGUCAAGGGGCCCAUGGACCAGACCCCCAAAACUGUAAGGCCGAAUAAACCAGUCCUCUUCAUAA